AACACCACUAGACAAUACUUUGCGGGCGGAGUAGCAAGCAGACUAGGGAACAAGAUGGAAGAAGAAGCAUCAGUAGAGUUUGUAUGGAAAUCGGAGCCCCAACCCGAAUCCAUAGUAUCCGUCACACUCUCACGCGCCAUCACUUCUCUUCUCUCCGUUCGUCCUAACAAACUCCACGACUCUAUUUCUCGCCUCUCUUCACAUUCACCUUCUCCAACAACCACUUUUCUCCACGAUUCUCUACUCUUCUUCCACUCUUACAUCACCGACGCCGCCAAUCACAACCGUUCAUUCGAUCAACUCCUUGUUCCAAUCAUCCACAGCUUGUUGAAAUGUAAAAACUCAAAGCACGGUGGACAACCGAUUAUUCUCUUGAAUUGGCUUUUUCAAGAUGUGCUUAUUUUUGUACCUGUUGUUGAAGCUCUUGCUAGUAUCAUUACUAGAAAGAAUGAUCGUUAUUUAUUGUUUGGUUGGUGUCUUCUUCUUAGGAGUAUUGUAGAUUAUGAUACUUCUGUUCAUCAAUCUAUGCUUAGUGGAAUAAGAGAGAGGUAUAGUGAUUUAUUGAAGAUACUCUCGACUUGCCUUCACGAUUUAGCAGGGAUUGUGAGUAACGAAAGCACAUUGCAGGAUGGUUUUGAGUUGCCAUCUCGCCUUGGAGUGUCUGCCGCAGAUUGCUUUCUGGCCAUUUCGGGUGCAUUGACAAAAGCGGACAAGCUUCAAGAUAAGAAGUUAAAAUUUAAUACAGAAGCAAAAGAUCAGGCAAUCACUUUGGUGCAAAGUCCUAUGGUUGGCAAGAAGGUUAAAUCGGUUUCGAAAUCUUUGUUGAUGUCAAAGUUUGAAAGGGACUAUACUCUCUGGCAUCAUUUAGACGACCUUAUUUGCUUGGUGCAAAGACUCCUUUCUUGGAGCAAAAAGAGUCGUUUUUUACAUGCCAAAGGCUUAGAGCAAGUUCUUAAAUGGAUGGAGGAGAUAAAGAAUCACUAUGGGUCCUUUCAACCUGAGGCAGAUUCUAAUGCUUUUAAGACUGGGGAUUUACUACUCUCUUCUUGCUGGAAGCAUUAUUACUUGCUAUUACACUUGGAAGAUCAGAAAUUUUCUCAGCAUUACAAGGAACUGUUGGACCAAUAUUUGUCUGGAAUCCAGUAUUAUAUGGAUAAUCACGCUAGCGGAUCUGCUGACAACAAGGAUAGUGGGUUAGAGACUACAAAGUUUUUCUUGAAUUGUUUGUGCUUACUACUGGGGCGUCUAGACAGCAAGAGAUUUGAAAGCACAAUGUCUGAAAUUGGGAUGAAAAUCUCACGUAUUCUAGUACCACAGCUUAAUUGCACCGAUGAAGAUGUGAUAGUAGGGGCUGUUGCAAUAUUCAAGGCUAUCAUUUUAAAACCAAAUCUCUCCCAGGAAGAUGCACUUAUAAAUAGUAGGCAGGCAAAUAUUGUAAUGCCGUUUCUGCUUCACCUUCUAGAUGAGCAGGAUGGUACAUCUCGAGCUGUUGUUAUGCUGAUAGCAGAAUACUGCUCAUUAUGCAAAGAUGAUAUGUGCCUUAUGGAAGUUCUAAAACGCCUUGCUUCUGAAAACAUUUCACAGAGAAGAAAUGCCAUGGAUGUUAUAGCGGAAAUCUUGCAUAUAUCAUUAGCGUCAAAAAAACCAUUGCCUCAUUCUGCUUGGCAAGAAACUGCCAACACAUUGCUUGAGCGGCUUGGAGAUAAAGAUAUUUGGAUUCGUGAGCAGGCGUCUAAGUUGCUUCCAAUGAUAGACCCUUCAUUGUACCUGCUUGAUCUGGUUCGUCUUGUAUACUCCCCUGAUGAGAACCAAUCAUCUGCUAGCGAUGCCAUCAUUGGGGUCCUCAAACGACACAACCAGAAUAUUGAAAUCAUAUUCUUGCUUGUUGACUGUCUUAACAACAUCAGCCAGAGCCUAGAUCUUCCACAGCCAGCUGGAGAUAAAGAGUCAAAGGUUGAUACUGCCCGAGUACUAAAACUGGUUCCAGAAUGGUCUAAAAGUGUUCAAGACUGGAAUAAUUUAAUUGGACCACUGAUUGACAAGAUGUUUGCAGAUCCAUCAAAUGCAGCUAUUGUGAAGUUCUUCAGUUAUAUAAGUGAAGACCUUAAAAAUGUUGUUGAUCUUGUAUUGCAUCAUGUUCUGUUGCAUGUUAGAGAACAAAAGGAGAUUGAUGAAAGUUUCUUAUUGAGGUGGGAGCGUAGAACCUAUACCAGUAAUGAGUAUGAAGAAAUGCAGCGAACUCUGUUUGAGCAUCUUUGCCCACUGCUUAUUAUUAAGAUGCUUCCCAUGAAAACUUUUGAUGACCUCAAUUCACCUGUUAUGUAUGCACAUCUCAGUCAAAAUAAAAUGCAUGGUUCAGGGAGCAGCAGCCCAGAACUUGAUUAUGAGUGUAUUUCUGCUUUCCUUCUUAACAGGGCACUCCGUGAGUUUGAAUUUGAAGAUGUUCGAAAACUUUCUGCUGAGUUGUGUGGACGCAUUCAUCCACAAGUCUUACUCCCAGUUAUUUGCUCCAAAUUAGAUCUGGCUGUCGAUUCUAAGAAUGUACUGAAGAUAAAGGCCUGUUUAUUUUCAAUCUGUACAUCCCUGGUGGUCAGAGGCCGGGAGUCACUUUCUCAUCCCUUGAUGCAUGCAAUUAAAAGGAUGAUUGAAACAGUGCUGUUAUGGCCUUGUCUGAAUGCUGAUUCAGGUCUGAAACUAUUUAUUUUCUUAAUUCCUUUCAGUUUUAUAUUAACUAAAACUAAUUUUGAUAGGCACAACUUUUUCUCAGUUUCUAAAGUACAACAUGGAUGCAUUGAUUGUCUGGCACUGAUGAUAUGUGUUGAACUACAAGCUGAGGAAUCUAUCACAGACUCUAUGCCAGAUAGAAUUAGGGCUAUUGGAAAGAAAGCUGUAGGGGAUUCUGUUGUCACCUAUGUGAUGAAUCAGUUCGUUAAUGAUAAGAAGGAACAUACUUCAAAUCCCGAGUUUGGUGAGGAAAACUGUGAAUCUGUAGCUGCAGUUCCUCUCACUUUUCGUUUGUGCAUGGGUAAUGUUCUCAUCAGCACUUGCCAGAAGAUUUCAGAAUCUUACAAGAAGCAUUUUGCUGGACUACUACUUCCUUUUCUCCUUCAUUAUCUUAAGUUUGAAAUAAAGUCAGAGAUUAGAGCAGCAUGCAUCCAGGUCCUAUUUUCAGCUGUCUAUCAUCUACGAUCUGCAGUUGUUCCUUAUGCCUACGACCUUCUCAAAACCUCAUUUGAAGCCCUGAGAAAGGAGUCAGAAAAGGAAAGGAUGGCCGGUGCAAAGCUUAUAGCAUCUCUAAUGGCCAGCGAAGAUGUGAUUUUGGAAAACAUAUCAGUUGGACUAUUAGAAGCUAGGUCUGUACUGUCAACUGUAUCUUCGUCAGAUCCUUCACUUGAGUUACGGCAGCUAUGUAGCAAGUUGCUAUUAUGCAUAUCUUCUCCGUGAAUUCAACAAACUUUUGUAACUCUUCUAUCUGUUUAUUUGUUAAGUGUACAUAAUUAACCUUUUUAACUGUAGAUAAAAUAGUUGACAAUGGUUUACAAGGUUCUCGGAAUCUAGUUUUGAUAUCAA